UAAUAUUGUUAAAUAUUGUUAUAUAAAAGAAAAACAAUUACGAUUUUCAUUUGCGAAUUGAUGAGAAAGAUUUUUCGGAUGUUGAAGAAAUCUUUGAUAUACCGAUUUAGUCAUAACAACACAUUCACAUAGAUACACUAACCGGAUUUUUAUUUAAUUAAAAUUCCUUCAUUAUUUCUUCUAUGCAUUACAUCUUCUACGCGACAAUGAAUUGACAUAAAAUGCAAAACUUCUCAAUGAUCAACAUAUUUCUUUGACAAGUAAUGGCUGUCAAAGGAUUAGUUGCUGCGAUAGUUCAAUUUCUGACCCAUCAGUUGGAGGAUGGGGAUAUUACAGCAGAUUCGCGUGAAAGUCUUGAAGUAGCGAUUCAAUGUUUAGAAACAGCGUAUAGCGUACAAGCUAGUGAUACUCCUGCAAAAUUUAAUUUGUAUGAAGUUUACAAGGCUGCUGUAGAAAAUGCUAAGCCAGACCUUGGUCCAGAAGCUACGCCAGAGGCAAAAGCUGAAGCUGAAAGAUAUAAGAAUGAGGGUAAUGCUCUGGUAAAAGCAGAAAAACUUGAAGAAGCCAUUAACAAUUAUACCAAGGCAAUUGAAUUGAAUGCACAUAAUGCAGUUUAUUAUUGCAAUCGAGCUGCAGUCUACAGCAAACUUGGAAAUCAUCAUCAAGCUAUUAAAGAUUGUCAUACUGCAUUAUCGAUCGAUCCUAUGUAUAGUAAAGCAUACGGACGUUUAGGCUUGGCGUACUCGAGUUUAGAGAGGCACAAAGAAGCCAAGGAAAGUUAUCAAAAGGCUUUGGAGAUGGAACCGGAUAAUGAAAGUCAUAGAAACAAUUUGCAGCUAGCAGAAGAGAAAUUGGCUCGACAAUGUGUUUGUAAUAUGGGAUUGGGAGGAACAACAGGAUCAGAUUUAAGUGCUAUGUAUAAUAAUCCUCCUCUAAUGAAUAUGAUAGAGCAAAUAUUAUCAAAUCCAGCCAUGCAGGAUGUAAUAAACAAUCUCAUCUCAAGGACGAACGUUGAACAUAGAGAACGGCGUAUGGAAGCAUUAAUUGAAGCGGGAUUACAAUUAGUACAGGAAAUGCAGAGUGAAAAUCUAGAUUUAUUGAUGGAUACUAUAAGAAGACAAAUGGGAGGAAACCCUAAUGAUCCUGAUCCACCGCAGCAUAAUUAAAAUAAGCCUAUGUUUUAGAAACAACAACCUAAGAUUGAAAUAAGCGAGGUUGAUUUUAAUGUGAAAAAAUUUUAAGACAGUGGUCAUUUUUUUUUUUUUUUUAUUAAACUGCAAAGUACAUAUCAAUACUUUGCUUUAUUCAGUUAAAACUGUCUUAUUUAAAAUGAAUAUUUAUACGCAUACAAAUAAUCAUGUCUAUGGUCAUAUAUAAUACUUAAGAAUUCUUCUCUUUAACUUAGAAGUUGAAUAAAUGUAAGAUAUUGUCUUCUGAAACUCUGUAUAUUCCAUUUUUAAUGUUUUAUCGAAAUUAAAAACGUUCAAUAACAUAAA